AUGGCGGCCGCGGCGCUGCUCCGGGGCGCGGUUCCGGGGCGCGGCGGCCCGGCCUGGUGCUGGCGGCUGCGCGCGGCUCCAGGGCGCCGCCUGGCUCAGAGCGCGGGCCGUCAGGGCGACGACCCUGGGGGCGGUGCGGCCUGGGCCUGCUUCCCGCUGGCCGAGCGCGCUCUGCUGCGCGUGCGCGGGCCGGACUCCGCGCCCUUCCUCCUGGGGCUGCUGACCAAUGAGCUGCCGCUCCCGGGCCCUGCGGCCGGCGCGGCCCCGCCCCUGGCGCGAGCCGGCUACGCCCACGUCCUCAGCGCCCAGGGCCGCACGCUCUACGACGUGCUCCUGUACGGUCUCCCCGAGCUGGACGAGGCACCCGCCUUCCUUCUGGAGUGUGACAGUGCAGUGCUGGGCGCACUGCAGGGGCACCUGGCUCUGUACAAGAUCCGACGGAAGGUCAAGGUGGAGCCGUGCCCGGAGCUGCGUGUGUGGGCUGUACUGCCCAGUUCCCCUGAGGAUGCUGGUGGGGCUGUGCCACUGUGGGAGCAGGCCAACGGGGCCACCAUCCUCACCCGCGACCCUCGGACCGCCUGCAUGGGCUGGAGGCUUCUCACCCAGGAGGAGGGCCUGGCCCUGGUACCCAGGGGCCAGCUGGGAGACCUCCGGGACUAUCACCGGCACCGGUACCGGCAAGGUGUUCCCGAGGGGAUCCGUGACCUGCCCCCAGGAGUAGCCCUGCCCCUGGAGUCCAACCUGGCUUUCAUGAAUGGCGUCAGCUUCACGAAGGGCUGCUACAUCGGCCAGGAGCUGACAGCCCGCACCCACCACAUGGGCGUCAUCCGCAAGCGCCUCUUCCCGGUACAGCUCUCAGGCCCUCUCCCUGCCAGUGGCAUCACGCCUGGCACCACGGUGCUCAUGGAGUCGGGGCAGGUGGCUGGCAAGUACCGGGCAGGCCAGGGAGACGUGGGCCUGGCCUUGCUACGGUCAGAGAAAAUCAGAGGUCCUCUCCACAUCAGGACCUCUGAGAGCGGCCAGGUGGCUGUAACUGUGUCUGUGCCGGACUGGUGGCCCAUGGCUACCAAGUAGCCCCGGAUGCCCGCCACUCCCAGAGAUUCUGGAGCUGCCAAGGGAGCUGUGGAGGGGCCUGUCUGCUGGCCACGCUCUGCAGGCUGACCCUCACUGCCCACAGCGGUCCCCUGCUCUGGAGGUCCCCAGGUGUAGUGGGCCUCCCAGGGCCGCCGGUGUUGCGGGUGUGCAGGUGCGGCCCGGGCAUGCCUUGCCCACCGUGCUUCUCGUGGUGGGUUGGAGGCCCUGCAUGGGCCGUUGUGUGGGGGCUUCCCUGUGGCUGGGAGUGGUAGGAGCCCACCCUGGCCUGGGGGUGAGGAGGAGCCUGCCGCACAUCUGUUUCUGGGCUGAGCUGAGCUGUAGCCUCUGCUGUGUGAUGUUGGACAAGAUACCAGCUUUGAGGGUUUGCAGGUCAUUCCACCAUCAGCGCAGGACAAGGGCAGUCCAGAGCCUCGCCCUGGGGCUGCCUGCAUCCUUCUGCAUCUGGGACUGGCCAAUAGAACAGGCGGGCUCUGGGCACUGCCUUCCCUCAUGCCAGCCCUCCACAUCUCCUGCCCUGGAGCUGCCCUGGGCCUGGACAGCAGGGCCCAGGAUGGAGCUUCUGCUUGGUUUACUUGCUGCUGGUUUGAGAUGUGGCCAAGGUUUCGCAGUUGGGGGUGACUUUCCUCCCCGCUUGAGACCACUGACUUCUGUUGUCCCCAGCAAUGUGAACCUCUGGUGCUGGGGUGUCCUCUUUGAUGUUACAGGGUGGCUAUUAAAGUAUGACCCACAAGUA